GCCUGGCCUGCUGCUCAAAGUGCUCUCGCGACGGGCGUACGCAAAAACGACAAAAAAACGCGCGCGCGACUCCUUCUAAGUACUAUCUCUCUCUCUCUCUCUCUCGUCCUACCCUUUCGGCUUUGAUUAUCUGCAUCGGCACCGUGGUGCCAUCUACACCAUCUACAGACUCUUGGUGCAUAAACUCCCUGCAUACUUUCAGGCGCAAAUUGGAUUGAAACUUGACUAAGCACAUUUGUAAUCCAAUGCAGCUGAGAAGCUUUCGUGCUACAUCUCUUUGGCUACUUUAUUGCGAUUGAUUUACAAGAUAAAAUCUUGCAAUAAAAGCAAAAAAAAUAAAUAAACACAGACAAAAAAGAAUCAAACAAAGCGUGGAUCCAAGCUCCUGCUGGUGGUUGCUCCAUUAAAGCUAUGGCUCUGAGCAAGACCAGCAAAUCGAAAGCUGGCGCCAAAGACGAGCAAAAUGAACUGGUCGAAUUCGAACCCAAAGAUGACGAAGAGAGCAACGAGGCAGCGGCACCCAAUUGCGAUACAGAAGCUAUAACCAAAGAAGAGGAGUGGAUAACGAAGCGGAAGACAGAGCUAACCACGACCAGACAGAUCGAGACGAGAGUGAAAAGGCAGGUGAAGCUGCAGGAUGGCAAAGUCAUCGAGGACUCUGGCCCCAUUGUGUCAACGAACACCACCGAGGACACUGACAAACAGGAGACGGAAACAACUGAGAAACGCGAUUUGGACCUGCCCGAUGAUCUGGAUGGGAACGCCCAGCUGAUCGAUGUGGCAGCCCUGCAGGCUAGCGCCGUGAGCGAGUCGCAGCUGACCCAGCUGCAGGAGGCCUUCGGGCCGGACAGCGGGUCCGGUGGUAAGCUGGUGAAGCGCAUGGUCCCACGUCCCGUGGAUGGGCUGGUGCGGCAGGUGGACGAUAAGCGGGUAAUAUCGCACGAGGAGAUCAAGGACUACCACGAGACGGAGGAUAUUCGGCACCUGGGUGACUUUACGGAUCAGACCUACGUGAAGGCAGUACGCGAGGGAGCCGAGGAUCUUGAAGCCGUGCUCUGCUCGCCGGAGAGCCAACGUCAGCUGGUGCCACUGGGGCCGCAGGUGGUCGCCAAUCGGAGUAAGUCGCGCAAGACCAUCGACUCGGAGGACACGCAAAAACGGUGUCUGGCCCAGGAGGACGGGACGCUGGUGACCGAGAGCAAGCGGACCACCGAACACGAGCUCAUACUCGACGACGAGCUGCCCGAGAGGGAUGAACGGGGCCUGCGGUUCGGACUGGAGCAGGAGCAGGUGACAACGACGGCGGCAAAUCAACGAUACUUCCGCCAGCGCGACGAGCAGCAUGUGGAUGUGCUAGCCAACGGCAAGUUGCUGUCCACCGAGAUGCGCUACGCGGCCGAGACGACCCAGAUGGACAAGGACGGUCCCGGUGAAUUGGAGCGACCUGGUGACUGGGACAGCCUCUCGGACCGCAUGCGCAAGCUGCGGCGCUCCCAGCAGCAGCAGCAGAAGGAGGUGGCCCUGCUGGCCGAUCGCAAAGAUGCUCUGACCAAGCGGCCGCUCGACUUUGACCGCGAGGAGGAGACCCGCAAGGGCGAGACGAUGAAGUGGCUGGAGUCGCACUUUGGCAGCGAGUCCACUGCCUCCAACGACUCGCGUGACGACGAGGCCGAAGCCGAAGUGGAGCCCACCAAGAAGAGCUACUUCAAUGUGACCAUCAAGUCGCAGAGCCAGCCGGCGGCUCAUGUGCAUGCUCAUGGCCAUUCCCAGUCGCAGCUGACCACCCAGCAUCCACAUCAUCCUCCCCAGCAUCACGCCCAUCACCCGCAGACCCUGCCCCGCAGUGCAGAGAGGGAGAGGGAGCGGGAGCGGGAACGAGAUCGGGAACGUUUGCCUCCCGCCAUGGCGGUCCCAGCAACCACACUCGAGCGUAAGCCAGCGAACCAGAGUGGGGCAGGACGCUCCAAGUACUUUCAGGGCAUAUCCAAUUGGUCGGAGCGCAAGGAGGCGGGACCACUGGUAAAUCACUUCUCGUCGCAGGCCUUCCGCGAGGACCUCCAGGAGACAAUACGGCGCAACGGGCUCAAGAAGAAGAUAAGCGGCCCCACUUCCAGCCAGGGAUCGGGACUGGGAACGACUGCCCAUGCACCGGACAGCCUGGCCAAGGACAGCUAUGUGAGCCGAGAGGAUAUCCUGCAGCAGAAGCGCCAGAGCCUCUCAUCGCAAUUCCUGGCCCGCUCCAUGCGCGGCUCUCACGAUGCCCUCGACGACUUGGAGGCCAUACCCGGCCCGGGACCAGCGCCAGUGCCGCCACGACCCGAAGAGCCGUCGCACAAGCGAGUGGCGUAUGGACAUCGCCACAACAACAGCAAUCCGGUCAAUGGAAUUGCCCCCGCUGCGGUAAACGGUCGCGGGAAGAGCUACGAGCCCGCUGCCCCAACGCCGCCCCUAACGUCUCUGGCUUCCAUGGAGUUUUCCGGCAGCAGCAGCAACCUGGGCCUGGCUCGGCCCACAGUACCGCAGCGUCGACGUGCCAUCGAGAAAAAGCUGGGCGAGCACAGCCAUGCCCACGUCCAUGUGCCCGUCAAGGCGACCGCACCCCAGCCAUCGCUGGAGCCACCGCCAGACUAUUCGCCGCCACCUCGCAGCCGCAGCCGCUCCUCGUCACCGCAGGUUGACUACCUGAUGACGCGGCCGCCCCGGGAGGUACCCACAAGCACGAUGACCCUUAGCCGGAAGCAGCAGCAGCGCACACGCUUCGCCCCAACGUCCAACUACCCGCCAGCAUUGGGAGGGGGCGCGGGCGUGAGCACAGGUACUCUCCGUCCGGGGGCCACAUCUGCCUCCACCUCAAAUCUGUCUGCGGUCAGUGGCAGCGCCGGAGGCGGAGGCGGCCUUAGCAAGCCCAGCCGGAUGGGCCAAGUCAUAGGGAACUCGCUGCGCAAGCUGGUCAGCAAGAUCCGUUCGGCCAGCGCCGAGCGGAAGUUCCGCAUGAAAUCCGCCUCCAGCAAGUCCCGCGAGCAGUCGCCCAGCCAAGGUCACGGCGGAGGCGGUGGCGCCCCUGGUGGACCGGGUGCUGGGGUGACUACCUAUCAGCAGUACAAUGUUAUAGAUGGCCACAUCGGGGGCGGGCACCGUCACAGCAGCAACGAUUCAGAGGACUCGGCAAGCGACAUUCAGCACCGAAGGGAGCGCGAUAGAGACAGAGAACGUGAACGUGAACGGGAGAGGGAAAGAGAUCGCGAACGGGAGCGAGAGCCUCUGAAGCCCGAGACGCAAUCCACGCUAGCCAUAUCAACGCAGUCGGGACGACAGACCUUCAAGCGAGCCGAGUCCGCAGAUCCCCAGCUGCAGCACCUGGAGCAAACGAUCAGUCCGCGUCAACGGUACUACCUGGGCGAGGAUCCCUACUCCAGCACCCUCUACGGGAAGGAGAACAUCUAUGAACGACGCCCGCGCCAGCGCUACGACCAGCGCGUGGAGGAACGAGCAGAUCGAGAGCGGGACCGGGACCGGGACCGGGAGGACGACUAUUACGAGUCGCGGGCUCCGCCGCCUGUCACCUCGUCACAUACCCUGGGACGCUACCAGAAGCACGGACAGCGCUUUAGCGGUUCCACGCCCAAUCUCCACCAGCAGCAGCAGGACUACCGAUCGGCUCAGACGUUGCCCCGCAAAAUGCACGAACACCGCUACAGCCUAGAGAAGCCCCUACCGCCCCACGGUCGUUCUACUUCUACCUAUGUCACGGCCCCCCCGGCACCGACUUCACUGCAGCAACAGCACCAGCAUCAUCAGCAGCCGCAUCCCCAGCAACGUGGAGUGAGCCAGGUCCAGGCAAUGCCGCAGGGUCCGGCAAAGCCUGCGCGCACCUAUGCCAAGGUCUUGAACCGCAGCAAGAGCUUCAAUGUGCACGGCAUGAACGGUAGCAAUGAUCCUAGUCCCAUCUACAUAGAAAAGCUGACCAGGAACAACUACAGCGGCGGAGUAGCCGGAGGUGGCAACAGUAACUACAGCAAUGGCUAUCAACUGAGGCAGGAACAGGGGCUUGGCCAGAGCCAGAACUACAAGUCCAAUCCGCAUUUGUUCUCCGGGAAAGACAACUCGUUGAAGAGCGGCCUCAAGAGUCCUUCCAUUGUCAAUCUGAUCAGUCGCAGUCAGAAGGAUCUGACCAAGAUAGCCACUGGCAACGAGGACGACCCGGACCUGCCAUAUCAGGAGGAUAAGAAGCAGAUGUACUUGCGUGGCCUGCACCAGCAGGCGCCAGAUCUCUAUCGGGUAAUCCACGGCGAUGAGGACUACGGUCCGCGCAGCCCCUCCACCAAUGGCCACAAGUAUCCGCUGCAGCCCAAGUACUCGCUGGAUUCGCGGUCGCCGCCGUCCGUCGAGCUCAACAAGGACACGGCGAGCAUCGUGCGUCGCAGCAGCGAGGUGGACUCCAAGCACCAGCACCAGCACCAGCACCAGCAACAUGUCCACACACAUCACCAGCAUCUGCAGCAUCCACAGCAGCAACAGCCGCAUCUGCGACGGGGUUCCGGGGCGACCAUCAUAGAGCUACGUAAUACUGCCGGCCAUCGAAAGUGAUUUGCCAUCGCUCUCUCUCUCUCUCUGUCUCUCUCCCUCGAUAACCACUUCUCGUAUGCCGUAUGGUCGAACACAGCCACACACAGUAUGCCAAUGUAUGUCUCUGUCUCUGUCUAACUAUUUGCUGUCUCGCUAUUUGCUCGCUAACAAAUGCCCGGCCUUGGCUUUAGUUUUAUUUGACAAGCAGCAAAUCAAAAUAAAAGGCCAAACUUAAUGGAUGAUCAGAAAUCGAACGAAAUCGCUACCAUUCCUGCUGUCCUGCCACGCCUCUUCUAAUCGUAAUCUACAAUAUGUUGAUUAUAAUAAUACCUAAAUUUAAAUGCAAUAUCUAUAAUAUUUCGAUUAAAUUUUUUGUUUUUUUUUUAUACUAAUCUUAACGUUUGUUGUAUAGAUACCGUUGUAUGGAUAAACUAACUAAAAUAACUAAUAUUAA